AACCUAUAUGAGGAUAUAUGCGCAUAUAUGAAACCUAUAUGCAGUAUAUAUGCACAUAUAUGAUCAUAUAUAUGCUGUAUAUAUGCCACAUAUAGGCAAAAUUGAGGUGCAUAUGUGUGCAUAUACAGGCCAUAUAGGUCUCCUGUAUUGCUUCUUUAUAUCCACCUAUAAGCCCUAUAUGUACAUACAAGAUACGUCUCCUAUAUAGCUCAUGGCAGGAUCUGGUGAUUUUAUAGCUCAUAUCUCACUUUGGCAACUGUCAUACAUGAUGCCUAGCUCAUAUUUUCUAUUAUCAAGGCAAUAACUAAGAACAAACUAAAAAAAAAAAUGCAAAAAACGUAUGUAUGUGCGAGCACGUGAAAUUGGUAUCACAUGUAAUUGGCAUGUUAUGGAAUUUAACUAUGGCAAAUAAGUGAGAGGAGAUGGAAAGCUAUGAUGUCUACUUGUUUUCCUGAAACAUUUACAAGGUCAAUUCUUUCUUGUAUAAAUAUAGUGGAAAGCAAGGAAAUGUAUAACAAAAUGUUUUGUCGUUUUUUUAUUUUGUCAAUCAAGCCUUUUUUCCAAUUUCAAGUCACUUCAAAAUUCACAUUACAGCUCAUACACAUCCACACAUUCACUGUUACAUCCACAAAAUGCAAUGCAAAAUGCAAUGUUUUCUGUAUUGUCUUAAUGCAGUUUCUAGAUGAAUAUGGCUGAAAUAGACUACUUAAAUCACACUUCAUAAAUCUUAAUAGAUCCAAAAUUGCGAUUCUUGCAUGUACAGUACGAAUCAUAUAAAGCACAGUACACCAUAAACAUUUAUAAAUAAUCAUUAAUCAGAUUUACAUGUACAUAAUAUACAACAUAUGACGUUUGUUUUGAAACGGAGUACAGUUGCACCCCUCCCUCGUGUAGGAGGAGUUCUGAAGUAGAACUUACAUAGAAAGUCAUAUGAUCAAACUCGCGCACACUGCUCGCGCUACAGCUGAAUGAGAAGUGAAGAUGAAGGGGCUAAUUUUACUGGUUUUGUUUGGGGCUCUUUAUCAUGUACACACAGUGCCCUUGCACACAGAGGAAGAUGAGUAUAAUUUCAAGUCAUGGAUGUCUAAGCAUAAUAAACAAUAUGACACGAGUGAAUAUUACCAGCGCCUGCAAAUAUUUCUUGGAAACAAGAAGAGGAUUGACCUUCAUAAUGCUGGAGACCACUCGUUUUCAAUGGGGUUAAACCAGUUUUCAGACAUGAGCUUUGCAGAAUUUAAGAAGCACUUCCUCCUGACAGAACCUCAGAACUGCUCAGCCACUAGAGGGAAUCAUGUGAGCAGUAAUGGACCUUACCCUGACAUGAUCGACUGGAGGACAAAGGGAAACUACGUGACGGAUGUGAAGAAUCAGGGGCCUUGUGGUAGCUGCUGGACUUUUUCCACUACAGGCUGUCUAGAGUCUGUCACCGCCAUUGCCAAAGGGAAACUCUUACAGCUGGCAGAGCAGCAGCUUGUAGAUUGUGCUGGUGCUUUCAACAAUCACGGUUGCAAUGGUGGUCUCCCAAGUCAAGCCUUUGAGUACAUCAUGUACAAUAAAGGUCUUAUGACAGAAGAAGACUAUCCCUACACGGCUAGGGAUGGUCCUUGUAAAUUCAAACCACAGCUUGCUGCUGCUUUUGUGAAAGAUGUCGUAAACAUUACACGGUAUGAUGAAGCGGGCAUGGUAGAUGCUGUGGCCAGGUACAACCCUGUCAGCUUUGCAUAUGAGGUUACAUCUGAUUUCAUGCACUACAGAGAUGGAAUAUAUACCAGCACUAAGUGUCACAACACAACUGACAAGGUGAACCACGCAGUGCUUGCUGUAGGCUACGCUCAGGAGAAUGGAACUCCAUACUGGAUAGUGAAGAACUCCUGGGGAACUGCCUGGGGAAUAAAAGGUUAUUUCUACAUUGAGAAGGGAAAGAACAUGUGUGGACUUGCUGCUUGCUCAUCCUAUCCAGUUCCAUUGUGAAUAACUGAAAUAUAUCACAUCAAAUCAAUUCAUGCUGCAAAAAAUCAACGAUAAAUCUUUGAAUUCAGAUUCAUUUAAAAGAUUCAAUGACUCUUCAUUAGCCCACUUGAUUGUUAGCUGAAUUCAUUCACUUUGAAUCUGGGUUUAUGUUUUAAUGUGUUUUAAUGUUUUGUCAAAAAUUACUUUAUUGUUUUGAAAUAAAUAUUGACACGAGGAAAUUAA